CUAUAUAUAUAUAUAUAUGAUAAUAUGAAUGUGUAAGGAAGAAGAAGAAGAAAAACAACGAUAUUCAUUUGGUAUAUAUUGCUAGAGAGGUGAGCACGUAUACAUGGAAUUGUGUGGAGUUCAGACGCUGCGCCGCUCAUCGCCUAAUUUCAAAACCCUUCAUUUGGUGAGACAUGCACAAGGAAUCCACAACGUAGAAAUAGAGAAAGGAGAAUUGACUGCUUUAUCUGGCAAGCUGUUUGAUGCCCAUCUCUCUCUAACGGGUAUUCAACAGGUUUCUGACAUGAGGAAAGAAAUCAGUAAAUCAGGAUUACUAAACACUGUCCAGUUAGUGAUUACCUCUCCACUGCGCAGGGCAAUGCAAACUUCAGUUGGAAUAUUUAGGGGACAAGAAGAUAUGAAUCAAUCCGAUAUCUUUCCAAAAGUUAACAACUCCCCUCCAAUUGUAGCACUUGAGAUUUGUAGAGAACGCAUGGGAUUAUAUCCGUGUGAUAAAAGAGAAAGUAUAAGUACCUAUCGCACUUAUUUCUCAGAGAUCGACUUUACAAUGAUAGAGAGUGAUGAAGAUGCUGAAUGGCAAGCAGAGGAGAGGGAAGACAUGGAAGAGGUUUCUGCUAGAGGCCUUCACUUUCUCAAAUGGUUAUGGGAGAGGCCGGAGAAAGACAUUGCAGUUGUUAGCCAUGGGAUAUUUUUGCAACAAACACUACGUGCGCUGCAUGAAAAAGUUGGCACACCUGUUGAAGAAAAUCAUCUUAAAAGGUUUGCCAACUGUGAACUACGGUCAAUUCGGCUCGAGAAGAGUGCAGUGACAUGGAAGCAUAUACACUAACGCCUUACAAUAGUAGAAAAUACGUUACUCCACCUUCAACCUCCAUUCACACGUUUGAAUAGACAAGGCAUGCACAUGCAUGUGAAUUGUGUGUGUUUAUGUUUUCAUGCCAUAUAUGCACAUAACGCUUGAAUAUUGGAACGAGUAAAGCAUUACGUAGCUAAUAAAACCACCGCCGAUCAUCAUUUCGUCUAUCGUGGACAGGCAUAUGCCAUGCGUGUGAAACUCUUUCUUUUGUUAUUUCUGUUUUGUUUUCAUUAAUAAAGGUUUACUUCUUGUGAAUUUCUCUGUAUUCAUAUUUUUUUUACUUAAAUUGUUGUUGCUUAUUUUAACAAACAAGGUCUGUCUGUGUUUGUGGUUGUUGUCGAUUUUAUUUUAAAAACUAGGUUAAGACUCGCGCUUCGCGCAGGAUAAACAUUAUAUACAAAAUUUAUCUAUGUAUUAAAUAUUUUUACAUAUUAUGAAAUUAACAUAUAUAUAUAUAUAUAUAUAUAUAUAUAUAUAUAUAUAUUGAAUCAUUAAAAGUCAGUAACUAUUAAAUAUAUAAUAAAAUUGGUGCGAACAUAUAAAUCAAAUUUAUUAAUCCAAAGAAUGUUUUUUUUAUAUUUGAUAGGAUAUGUAAUUAAAUUUAAAUGAUACUAACAUACAUAGUAUAUUUUAGUAUAUUUUUAAUAUUAAUGUCUGUCAAAUGAUGAUUUUUACUCAUAUAGUUUUUUGAUAAUUUGUAUCUUUUAUAGAUUUUUUUUUUAAUUUUUAAAUUACUGAUAAUAAAAUUUUCAUUGUGGUAUUAAUAGUUAUAGUAAUUUAUAAUUUU